GGGGAAAAGAAAGGCAGGUGGGAGGGGUCCCGAGCCCGACAAUCCAAAUACGAAAUGGCCUUAAUGAACUGGAAAGACACUGUGAAAAUUGGCGGUAUUCUUGAAUUCCCUCCUUAAUGUUCCCGCCAAUACGAAAAAGGAAACUAUUUGUAAAAAAUGAAAUAGAAAAAGAUAAAAAUUCACGCGAGAGAAUCGACGGAGGGAAAUCAAAAUGGAGCCGGGAAAAGCAGCGCCGACUGGUUGUUACAAGUGCGGGAGGCCAGGUCACUGGUCCCGUGAUUGCCCUGAUUCUAAUUCUAACCCUAACCCUUCAUCUAGCAAUCCCAGCAAUUCAAAAUUUCCAACAUCUUUUCCUAAUACUAGUACCAACUCAAAACCUGUGGCCGAGAAGCCAAAAAAGGUUCCCAGAAGCAGGCCAAAGCUCACCCCUGAUAUUCUUUUGGGAGAUGAUGGUCUUGGCUACGUUCUUCGCCAUUUUCCUCGCAAUUUUAAGUACCGUGGCCGUGGCCAUGAGGUAAGCGAUUUAGGGAACUUGAUUCGAUUGUACAGUGAAUGGCACUCUCGCUUGCUCCCUUAUUACUCAUAUGAUGAAUUCGUACAUAAGGUGGAACAAGUUGCUUCCACCAAACGCGUCAGGGUAUGUCUCAGAGAUUUAAGAGAAAGAGUAGCCAGUGGAGGGGAUCCAAUGAAGCUGCAUGAAUCACCACCUGAAUAUGUUGAUCCAAAACUUGAACAAGACCAUUCUAUUCCUACUGAGAAUGACAUGGGAGGCCCAUCUUCAACGAACCAUGAUGCGGAUGUUGAACAAGAAGAUAUGCUUUGUGAUAUUUUUGAUAGAGCUACUGAAGCACCAACUCCCGCCUCAUACAGUAGAAUGGAGGCACCGACUUCAAAUAAUAACAACACUAGCUUGUCCAAUGAAAGUUUGCUUACCGAUGAACAAAGAGCUCGCAUGGAAGCUAACAGAUUGAAGGCACUGGAAAGAGCUGCAGCUCGGCCCCAGUCAUUACAGUGAAGCUAACUUACUUUUUCUUUUUAAAUUUCUUAGAACACAAAAUUGCACAUUUUAAACUCUAUAUUAUUCAGCAUAGUUCUCUGGUCGUAGGCCUAUAACGCAUAAGAGUUACAGUUUGACAAGGGAGAUAAUCUCAGAUCCGUCAAUAGGACUUUUUGGUGUACGGUUUUACUGAGGCAGCUAAAAGCAGUAAACAGAAACAUACAAUUACUACACACUUCUUUUUUUUUA